AUGGAAGAACCUACGUUACGUUAUGAAAAGAUAGACUUUUUGGGAGAGGGUCAGUUCGCGACCGUAUAUAAAGCGAGAGAUGUGAAAACUGACAAAAUUGUUGCUGUGAAAAAAAUCAAAAUUGGUUCAAGACUGGAGGCACAGGAUGGUAUUAACAGAACAGCUCUCAGAGAAAUCAAAUUGCUACAAGAAUUACAACAUAUCAACCUCAUUGGACUUCUAGACGUAUUCGGACAAAAAUCGAAUGUUUCUUUAGUGUUUGACUUUAUGGAUACUGACUUAGAAAUAAUUGUAAAGGAUAACAAUAUUGUACUUACACCGGCCAAUGUAAAGGCAUACAUGAUUAUGACUUUAAAAGGUUUGGAAUACUUACAUCAAAAUUGGAUAUUACACAGAGAUUUAAAACCUAACAACUUACUUAUUAAUAGAGAGGGAAUAUUGAAAAUUGGUGAUUUUGGUUUAGCAAAGGCAUUUGGAUCACCCACCAGAAUAAACACACAUCAAGUAGUUACAAGAUGGUACAGAUCACCUGAGCUUUUAUUUGGAGCAAGACAAUAUGGGACCGGAGUGGACAUGUGGGCAGUGGGUUGUAUACUUGCUGAAUUAUUGCUCAGAGUGCCCUUCUUACCAGGAGAGUCAGAUCUCGAUCAACUAUCUCGUAUCUUCCAAGUAUUUGGUACACCUACAGAAGAGACAUGGCCUGGUAUGAAGACUUUGACAGAUUAUGUUCAAUAUAAACAGUUUCCUGCCCAGCAACUACGACAUAUAUUCAGUGCUGCAUCAGAUGAUUUGAUCCAACUGAUGGAGAGCCUGCUUGCAUUAUAUCCACCUCGACGCUGCGAUUGCACUCAGGCAUUACAAAUGCCUUAUUUUAGCAACAAACCUGCGCCAUCAGUGGGAUCGAAACUGCCGAUGCCUUCAAACAUAACAAAAAUAGAAACAGAGAAACCAUCGCUCAAAAGAAAAUUACUUGAUAAUAUUGAUGGAGGCUUGCUCGCUAAGAAACUUCAAUUUUAACAUUUCAUUUUAUAAAAAAUGUAUAAAAAUUUCCCAUAAAUUAUCUUGGCAUAAUGUCACUACCUAAGAUGAUUGAUAUUAUAUCAAAAUGCAUAUAAGAUGAACGUGCAAUUAAACAGAGGUAUAGUUAAUGAAUUUUAUAAAUAAGACUGUGUUUUUGUGCAUAUAUUGAAGGGUGAAUAAAUAAAAGCUGGACUCUGAAGAAGUCAACUUUCAUAUGUUAAGAUUAAUUUGUAAGACAAAUGAUAUGGAAUUAUAUAUUUGAUAAAAA